GGGGGGUGGAUGUCGCCUCUUCUGCCUCUCUCCCUCCCACACACGCACAGACACACACGCCCUUCCUCAAUGAUUUCCCGGGAACCAUUACGAGAGGGGAAAAAAUCUAAUUGAAAACUUAAGGAAAUUUGUGUUAUAAGUGGAUAGGGAGUGUCUUAGCCGUUGUUGAUGAUUUCCGAAACUUUGAAGAUGAAAGACAAAGAAUUUAAAAGACAUAAAGGACAGAACGAGAAGAAAAACAUUGCAGUGAAAAAAGAAACUGUUAUCUAAUUGCAAUAUAAAAAAGGUCAUCAUGGAAGCGCCUUACCCCGGCUCGGAGGUCAGCACGACGGGGUCAGGUCAUGGCCGCGUCAGCAGGGGCGACUCCAGGGCCAGUCACGUGACCUCCUCCUCCUCCACCUGCGAGAGAGACAGGUGGUGGGGCGUGCGGGGGUGCACCACGGUCCUCAGCCUGCACCAGGUGGUCACCCAGGGGGCCUACAGCUACCUGGCCGCCCCCCCUUCAGGGCCCCGCCUGGCAGCACAUCUCCACCUCUCACACACACACCUCAGCGUCCUGCUCCUGCUGACGAGAAUAGGCCCCCUCCUGACCGGGGUGCUGGCGGGGGUGGUGGGGGGACGAGGGGGGCGGAGGGGGCGGUGGGUGGCGUCAGGGCAAGCCGCCGCCGCCGCCGCCGCCAUCCUCGCCGCCGCCACCGCCCUCGCCCCCCCGCCGCCCCCCCCUCCAGGUCCGGACCCCCAGUACUGUGACGUCACCAGGCUCAUGAUCCUAGCAACGGCAAACCCCGAUACAGUAUCCCUAGCAACCCUGGACCCCGCUAGAGAGGCCCCCUGCCCCUCCCCCAACCCCUUCAUUCUGCUUACCUGGGUGAUUGCGGCCUUAAUUUCAGGCGUAGGAUGCUCUCUCGCCUAUAUCCUGGGCCUUCCAUAUCUCGAUGACGGCGUGAGGAAGGAAGACGCCCCUCUGUACCUCGCUGUGAUCUUGUCCUCCGGCGCCUUUGGUCAGCUGAUUGGCGAAUCCCUGGCAGGCCUCCCCAUGGGGUCCUCGCGGGUGGCUGUGGUAUGGUGGGUCGGCCUGGCGGCGUGGGGGGCGGCCUUCCUUGUCCUAGCCUGCCUUACCUUCAUGAUGCCCAGGCACCUGAAGGGGAAGGAACCGCCGGACAGUCUCAGCCUCGGGACGGUCAAAACAACCUCCACCAGGACCUCCACCCCGGGACGGUUACAUCAGGGGGGAGAGGUUGACCUGGAUACUCCUCCCCCUUCGCCUCCACCCCCUUUACCUCCCUCCCGCGACCACGAAGAGGAGGAGGAGGAAGAGGAGGAGGAGGAGAGAAUGGAGGAGAGGGAUGUGGAAGGAGGUUACGAGGCUGAUGUGGAGAGGGACAGCGGCUAUAGCAUGGAGGAGUCGGAGGAGAGAGUGGAGGGAAUCGAAGAGGAGGAGGAGGAAGAUAAGAAGAGGAAGAAGAAGAGGAAGAGGAAGGAGGAGGAGGAGGAGAGGGAGAGCAAGGUAGUGAGGGCAAUCAUCAAGAAAAGACAUUAUACCUGUUAUCAUUUGGGGAGGCUAAUUACAGAGGCGGCUGGGGUGGCGGCGCGGCUGGCGGGGGUCGGCGUGGUAGGGGCGGCGGGGGGGCUGGACCUGCUGCUGGGGGCGGGGGCGGGGGCCCUCUCCACCUGGGGGCCCAUACACGUCCAAAACCUGUACAGAACACCGGGGGAGGCAAGCACGUAUUAUACAGGUAUGCGCGCCUCCUGCUCCAUGAUCGUGGGCGUGGGCGUGGGCUGGGCGUGGGUGAGUCGCUGCCGCCCGCACCCACGCACCCUCGCGGCCUGCCUGUGCGUGUGUCUGAGCCUGCUGACGGUCGCCGCGGCCUGCAUGGCGAUGUUGACGUGUGACUUCAGCGCUGACCUGCCCGGCGUGCCCUCCCCCGACCACAGGCGUCUUGAGCUCCACCGGGGUUGCAGCGAGCGAUGUCGGUGCCCCGCGGGGUUGGCUCUGCGCCCCGUCUGCAUCAGGGACGGCCCCAUGCGCCUCUCCUACUUCUCCCCGUGCCACGCCGGAUGCCCCCCGCCACCCCCGGGACGCGCCGCACCCCUGGGGAACUGCACGUGUGGGAGUUCUGAGGCCCAGGUGAGCGCGGGUUACUGCCACCAUACCUGUCCUGCACACGUGGCCUACACCUGCCUGGCCUGCCUCGCCUCCGCCCUGCUGCCAGUGGUCACCCUCAUCAACCUGCUUCUCGCUCUCAGGAGCGUGAGAGGGGAGGACAAGCCUGCCGUCCUGGGGUUGAAGGUGUCCCUGUACUCCCUGGGGUUCCUGCUGGGGGCUACCCUGGUGGGGGGGAUGGUGGCCCCCCUAUGCCUGGCGGGGGGCGGCUGCGGGGGAGCUACUGGGGGGGCCGAGUGUUCCCUCUACGACGCCGUGCCCUUCGCCCAUCGCCUCCACGGUACAAUCUCAGCCAUCUUCACUGUAGCCACCAUGGUCGCCCUCUACCUCGCCCACCACGCCUCCAGCACCACCUCACCCAUCAACCUCUACGAUGACCCACACCCCCACCAUGACCUGACCUCCGUGACCUCACACACAGGGGUCUUGGAGAGGUCAGGGCUUAGGCGGAGUCUACGUAAGCUGUCUCGACUGGCCGCAGGGAAGACGUCUACGGGGCAUUGGAAUGUGCCCCGUGUUGACAUUUUGGGCGCGCCGGGAAAAUUUGAAGGAGGAGGAGGAGGAGAGAGGAAUGGAGGAGGAGGAGUGAUCGUAGUGGAGGGAAAUGGAGGAAACGGAGGAGAGGAAGGAACUGUAGUGGCUAUACGUAGACUGCCUUCUGUGACUUUGAUGAAGACUACGGGUGUGUGAGAGAGACAGAGAGAGAGAGAGAGAGAGAGAGAGAGAGAGAGAGAGAGAGAGAGAGAGAGAGAGAGAACCUAUCACCCACUCACAUAAUAGCCUAGAAAACACCACCAAUAAUAAUAAUAAUAAUAAUAAUAAUAAUUAGAAAUAGACUCCUACAUAUAUUUUUUUCUAAGGCAUAAAAAUAAAGUUAAGGAAAUAUAAAUAAAAUAAAAAAGUAAU